AUGUACUACCUGGCCCAAGAGUACCGCAUGUUGGUGGUAGAGCGGGCACCUAGUAGCGUACACACCAUUGACCCAACCUUUAUCGACGGAGACUUGGACAUAGAACUCGUACAGACCACGCAAUCAGGGAUGCACAAGAGACGCAUCUCUGGUGCCUUCUCACCUCGCGAAGCAACUGAUUCCAAGCGCAGCCGCUUUGCGCCACCACCUAUCCCCACUUUCAUCGCUUCACACCCAAACCUUACUGCUUGCCCACUCGAACCCCCAACUGCGACACCUAGUGACCUUACCUGCAUCACUAAUGCCCUGCCAAUCCAUUUCAACAAAGAGUUCAGUCACCCGACAUCACCUCACUCAAAGGGAGCAGCCAGCAAGGGACUCGACUCGGCUAUAACCAUCCUCAAGCGUGCAAUCGAGGUGAUGAAGAAGAAAAAGGAUAGGACCACCAUGGCCGAUGCCACACCGCCGGCGACCAUGAACCACUAUCAAGGUGUAUGCCAUGCCCUUCUGCACAUGGUAGAAGAGCGUUCGCCGGGCCUGUCUCAGACGCUUCAGCCAGUCUUUUGUGGGAUUGCAGAUACUUCUCGGCUCAGUAAUGCGGAGGUUCGCGCCUUGACAUUUCAGAUGCAGGAAUCCGGAUUGGCAGCGUUCAAGAAAACAUAUGCCUUGUUGAGAGUUGGCAAGCACUCAAAGGCGUUUGUCGCGAAUUUGACCAAGCUGUCUGUGGGGUUGUUUAAAGAGAGAUGUUAUGAGGUGGUUGGUUUACUUGAGGAGGCAAGGGUCUUGACUGCGAGGGUUCAGGUGCAAUAA